UGGGCUAAUCCAAACGGGCUCGUAAGGUUCCACGCUCUCUUAAAGCAGUCGAUACAAAUGUGCCCGAAGUAAUGAGGAGGAAAAAGCUAAAUAAAGAUACAAAUAGGAGUAGCUGAGGCAGCAUCACGAUUUCCACCUUCGAAACUCAACUCAGUCCGGCCUGGCCGACCUGCCGGGGGGCUGAAUCUUUCACAUCGAUCGGGGCGAUAGGAGAUUCUGAUCUGUCUUUCAAAUGGAAGGGGCCGCUAUUCUCUCCUUUAUUAUGUUAAUACUGAUGAUGAUCCCUGAUUACGAUGUCGUUUCAUGUCUGAAUACCAGUUCCAUGUUUCUCCCUCUCUUUCCUCCCAAAGACACAUCUUUUCAUUCCGGUCGACUCCUCCAGGUCAACGCUCGAAUGCCUCUCCACGACGAUCUACUCCUCAACGGAUAUUAUACAACCCAUAUUUGGAUUGGAACUCCACCCCAGAGGUUUGCUCUUAUAGUCGAUACUGGCAGCACUGUUACAUAUGUCCCUUGCUCUACCUGCGAACAAUGCGGCACCCAUCAGGAUCCUAGAUUUCAGCCAGAAAUGUCAAGCACCUAUCAGCCUGUAAAAUGUAAUACUGACUGUACGUGUGACAAUAAGAGGGAGCAAUGCAUUUAUGAAAGACAGUAUGCUGAGAUGAGUUCUAGUAGCGGGGUGCUUGGAGAGGAUAUUGUGUCCUUUGGAAACCAAAGUGAGCUUGCUCCCCAGGGAGCUGUAUUUGGAUGUGAAAAUAGGGAAACCGGUGAUCUUUACAGCCAACACGCUGAUGGUAUAAUGGGCUUGGGUCGUGGGGAUCUCAGUAUAGUGGAUCAGCUUGUUGAGAAACAUGUAAUUAGUGAUUCCUUCUCCAUGUGUUAUGGGGGGAUGGACUUCGGCGGUGGUGCAAUGGUUCUUGGUGGAAUAAAAUCCCCUGCAGACAUGGUCUUUACCAAUUCGGAUCCUGUGCGCAGUCCAUAUUACAAUAUUGAGCUGAAGGAGAUACAUGUUGCUGGGAAGGCACUGAAUCUGAAUCCACGGGUUUUUGAUGGAAAUCAUGGGACUGUGCUUGAUAGUGGUACCACAUAUGCUUACCUUCCGGAAGCAGCAUUUGCAGCCUUCAAGAAUGCUGUAAUGAAAGCGGUUCUUUCUUUAAAACUGAUUGAAGGGCCUGAUCCAAAUUAUAAAGAUAUCUGCUUUUCUGGUGCAGGAAGUGACAUCUCACAACUCUCAAAGUCCUUUCCGCCUGUAGACAUGGUAUUCAGCAAUGGAAAGAAACUCUCUCUAUCCCCUGAAAACUACUUGUUCCGGCACUCAAAGGUGCAUGGUGCUUAUUGUCUGGGGAUAUUUCAGAAUGGGAAGGAUGCAACAACUCUUCUUGGAGGAAUUAUUGUCCGCAACACACUUGUAACUUAUGAUCGUCAACAUGAACUCAUCGGUUUCUGGAAAACCAAUUGUUCUGAAUUAUGGGACAGACUCAAUUUAUCUCCUCCACCUCCACCAUUGCCCUCAGGCUUGGAUAACAAAAACUCCUCAGGAAGUAUAAAUCCUACAUUGGUUCCUAGUGGAUCUCCUGGGAAUAAUGCACCUGGGGAAAUUACAGUUGGAUUUAUUACAUUUUAUAUGUCACUGAGUGUGAAUUACUCGGGCUUGAAGUCUCAAAUGACAGAGCUUACCCAUCUCAUUGCCCAAGAGUUGGACAUUAAUUUCUCACAGGUCCACUUAAUGAACUUAUCGACAAAAGGAAAUGAUUCCCUCAUUAAAUGGGCCAUCUAUCCAGCAGGAUCCACAAAUCACAUGACAAAUGCUGCUGCCAUGGAAAUAAUACACCGUUUGGCUGCAAAUCGUGUUCGUCUUCCUGAUACAUUUGGGAGUUACAAAUUAUUUGAAUGGGGCAUUGAGCCCCCGCCAAAAAGUAACUGGUGAAAUCCCCUUGUCAAACAGUACAGUGAUGUUGAGUUGGUUUUAAUUAGUUUUGCCCGUUCACGUGACUUCGGGAGCUUGGGUAUCUACUGACUAUCUAAAUUCCUAUCAUUUGUUAGCAUUGAAGAAUAAGAUAGUGGGAAAGAUAAUAAGGCCCAUUAUUUGAGCUCGGAUGAGGUGUUGUGUUUGGUAGUUUGCUUGAGCAAAUUGGAAGACUGUUCCAUAAGCCCAUCAAAUAUUUUCAUUUGUAUGUUUGUGACUUCACUUCAGAUGCUCCAUUGAAUAGUACUCCCCUGUUUCUAUUUAUGUGUCUUACUUUCCAUAUUGUCCGUUUCAAAAAUAAUGCUUCUUUCUAUUUGUAGUAAGUUUUUAAUUUCUGCACUCCAAUUUUAACCCUAAUGGUCACUUCCUUGUACGAACGACAUGGCAUGCUUAUGACCACAAGAUUCAAAAGUCUUUUUUGCAUUUUUAAAUUCGUGUUCAGUCAAACUAAGACAUAUGACUGAAACAGAGGGAGUAAACUUUAUGUUCCCCAACCAAUGAUUAGUAUUUUCUUCUGUUAGUCAAUGAAAAGUUCUCUAUUAUUCUUAGAAAAGGUUUCCAGCAAAUGCUUCGCGCUGAAACAAUUUACUUCUUCGGAAAUUGUUCUAAUUUGACAUAUAGGUAUGAAUAAGGCAAUUAUGUCUUAACUGCUUAUUCUUUUGAUGAAGUAAUAGCUAGUCAUAAUAUGUGAUGAAACAAACAAUCUUAUUGGUUGAGAUCUAUGUUGCUUG